AUGUACCUGGUUCCCACCGUGUGUCUGUCUCGUGUCCAGACCACGUGUGCCCUUUGGAAUCAGAGUAUCGUAAGACUGCUUGUGUGGGGCCAUUCGGUGUAGACCCGGACUGAGCAGCAUGCAGUGAACACCAUGCCAACUGGCAAGCAGCUCGCUGACAUCGGCUACAAGGCCUUCUCGGCCUCCAUGCUGCUGCUCACUGUGUACGGGGGCUACCUGUGCAGCGUCCAGGCCUACCACUACCUGCAGCUGCGCAGCGCCCGGCGCCGGGCCGCCGAGGAGCAGAAGGGCUCGGGGGUCCUGUAGGAUGGGGGUGUUUUCUCCUGAGCGUGCUGUGGAAAGACAUCACCUGCUGAUUUCCGGAUCAAGAGGACUAGGAGCUUGAUGGUUUCCAAGCCCUGCUGAAAGGAGGAGCCUGGGUUCCUGUGGUCCUGCCGGUGCAGCAGUGUGACAGUUUGUGGAGGCUGUCGAACCCUAAGGGAAUGUGGGGGUGAAGUCGCCUGUAGACAUUAAAUACUUCGCCUUGUCUGUG